UACUAUGCACCUUACCAGUGUUUCUUUCCUGCCAAGCAAACUCAAUUGCUGCAGAUGUGGGACAAGAUUGGUUUACCGCACGAACGCCCAAAGCAGUUAUUUGGAUCUCCUCUGACCAUCAUUGGUUUCAACAUCGACCCAAACGCAAUGUCGGCAACUCUGCCAGAGGAAAAGAAGGCUGCACUUGUCUCUCAGUUGCGUCUCUUCGCUGGAAAGGGCUAUUGUUGGUCGCUGCGUGAAUAUCAGCAGCUUGCUGGGUGGUGCGAGUGGAGCUUCAACGUGUUCCCGCGUCUCAAACCGGGCUUAUCAGCCGUGUAUGCCAAAAUUUGGGGGAAGACAGAAGCUUUUGGACACUUGCACGUUAAUACCAGCAUUAUUCGUGAACUUCUUUGGAUGGCCGACCAUAUGCACUCCUCCCAGGGUCUACUCUUCUACAAAUCCCUG